GAGAGUGAACGUUCCGAGCGGAGGAGAAGUGAUUCUCGGAGGACCACGUAAAAGAAAGGAAGUUCAGUGAAUGGUGAAGCGCUGUUAAAUAUCUAUCGUGUUACAAUGCGCGGCUCGUCGUUGGGAUGAUGUGGUGAUAUAAUAUCGAGGAUUUCGCGAUCGAAGCGUGCGCCCAGAUGAUCGUCGUUUCAACGCCGCGUUAUCCCUAUCGUGACUGCUGGUCCAGGAUCGGCGCGUCUGAGGUGUCGGCAGUGACGGCACAUCGGGACCGACGUAUCCUGCUCGGUAGAAUCGCUACUUCGUGGUAAGUAGUGGUCUCCGAUCGUUUGAAAAGCGAGCGGCUCGGAGCCGCCGCACCGGACGGGAGAUAUGCGCAGCAAGCAGCAGCCCAGGCCUUCUUUCCGAUGGCCACAGCAACGCGGUGAUAAUCUUACCGGGGAGGACGGCGUCGAAGGCUCUGCGCCCGGUACGGACCUCCAAGGCGAGGAGGGCGAUUGCGUCGACGAGGAUGGCCCUAUUAGUCCCAGCGAAAGAGGCUGUGCGCCCGUUGCGAAGGAGGAUGAAGAUGCCGAUGGAACGGAUGAAGAGGAGGACGAGGAAGCAUCGCCACCUACGCCACCGCCUUCCGCCACCUCGAGAUUAAACCCAACUAUCUUGAGAGACACAGGACCUCCGGACAGGGAGCCAAUGAGUCCGCGCUGUCCCUCGAGAGAUUCUCGGGAAUCGUCCGGUCCAGCGACCGGAAGUCCCCCACCACCUGCUACCAGGAACAGCGCGAGCCCAGUCAGUCCAAGUAGUAUCGUGCCUCUACCCCUUGGAACUCAUCCCCUGCUACCACCCCAUUCUGCAGCAGUCAUGGCGGCGUAUCUGCAACAGACUCAUCAGCGCCUCCUUCUCGGUCACUCGCCUUUAUCGCGCGGUUCGGUGUCACCUCUGGUUUCCUCGUCGUGUUCGCCACCAGCUGCUACCCCCGGUCUCUUGGUAUCGCCUACCAGCAUUGGGGAGAUCUCGCCGUCAGCGACACCCCUGCCAGCUGUGCUGGACUUUAGCACGAGGAAAGCGUCCUUGACCGAGGAGGACGAGGAAGAACAAAUAUUAAAUCUCAGCAAACCGCCUACGCCGUCUUCAUCGACAGAGACGAACAAUGGUCCGUUGGAUCUUUCAGUAUCCAGCAGAAAACGACUCGACACGGAAAAUUCGUCGCCUCCACCACCGCGCAAGUCAUCAAGAUUGGCCUCAUCGACGAGUUCCACGAGUCAUCAAGAAACGGCGCCGGGAGCCGCACCAUCCGGCUUUGGUCGACCACCCAUAGUAUCCCCUUGGACAUCUCCGGUGGUGGCCUCACAUUUCCCGUACUUUGCUGCAGCGGUAGCAGCAGUUACUAGUCAGCAGCAGCUUUCGCCGAAAAGCACUAGCGGUGUAGUGGAUCAUCAUCAACUUUGGAACGGGAAGAUGAAGCCACCAACAGCGCUGGAAAAACCGUAUCAACCUAGCGAAGCUACGAAGGCGCUUGAGAAAAUGAGCGAGUUGAGUAAACUUGGCGGCGAGGACCUCUUCAGAUCAUCUUCCGGAAGCGGUGCUGCCGUAACGGGUGCCAGCGCGCCGGCCACAACGUCCAGCAGUCGUCACAGCGCCUGGCAGUCUCACUGGUUGAACAAAGGAGCCGAUCAAGCCAAGGACGUUCUAAAAUGCGUAUGGUGCAAACAGAGUUUUCCAACUCUGGCAGCGAUGACGACGCACAUGAAGGAAGCAAAGCACUGCGGCGUUAAUAUGCCUGUACCACCUCCGGCGCCAGGAAUUCACUCGCAGCAGACGAGCAUGCCAACUAUACCGCCGCCUCAGCAACCACAUCAACCGCAAACUUCCAGCAGCAAUACUGGUAGCAAUAACUCGGCUACACCCAGCAGCAAGCAAAGUCCAUCCGAUUUGAACCUUUUAAUCAAAGAAACAAUGCCACUGCCGCGGAAGCUCGUGCGAGGCCAGGACGUCUGGUUAGGUAAAGGUGCCGAGCAAACACGGCAGAUUCUCAAAUGCAUGUGGUGCGGGCAGAGCUUCCGUUCGCUGGCCGAAAUGACCUCGCAUAUGCAACAAACGCAGCAUUACACGAACAUUAUUUCUCAGGAGCAAAUAAUAUCCUGGAAAUCGUCCGAUGAGAGCAAGGGCGCCAACACUACUGGUAAUGCUGGGGCUGGCGGGAAUGCCGGUGCAGGAAGCAACGCAGGAGUACAACCGGGUGGUGGAUCCGGGCCUCAUGGCGGAAACAACGGCGGUCCCGGUGCUGGCGCGACAAGUAGUCAUGUUAGUGCCGUGCUAACUUGUAAAGUUUGCGAUCAAGCAUUUAGUUCUCUGAAGGAGUUGAGUAACCACAUGGUGAAGAAUUCGCAUUACAAGGAACACAUAAUGCGCUCGAUUACUGAGAGCGGGGGACGUCGGCGGCAAACGCGAGAAAAGCGAAAAAAGUCACUGCCCGUGAGGAAACUGCUGGAACUCGAACGCGCGCAGAAUGAAUUUAAGAACGGCGAUGCUGCCGCCAAUAUGACACAUAGUCUCGGCAAGCAAGCCAGUAGAAUUACGUGCGAGAAAUGCGGGGAGAAGAUCGAAACUCCGCUCUUUGUAGAGCAUAUACGUCAAUGCAUUGGCGCAGGCACGGUAGGCGUCAAUCAGCGAAAUUUCUUGAAGAACGCGCUCAUGUCUAAUCAUUUACCUGCAACGCUACCGCCAACCGAGAGCGGACGUAAGAGCGUCAAUGAGGAAACAUCUUCGAUAUCAUCGAGGCAUCACCGAUCUCCAUCUUCUGCUAGCGACGCGACCACGCCUGGGAAAGAUACUCCUACACCGAAUGCCAAUGAAAGCACCGCUUCAAUAGGUACCUCGCCAUCGGUUUUGAACGCGAUAGAGAAGCUCAUCGAAAAGAGUUUCGAUUCUCGCGUGAGGCACGGUACAUCCGGUAUGCAUCACGCUCAACCCGGCGCACCUAUGGGUACAAGUAUUCUCAAGCGUUUGGGCAUCGACGAGAGCGUGGAUUACACGAAACCUCUGGUGGAUCCGCAAACGAUGAAUUUACUCCGAAGUUAUCAGCAGCAUCAGCAACAACAUUACAACGCGAAUGCUGCAGCCAGAAGGGAGCGAAGCGGUAGCGAGUCUAGUUCAAUAUCCGAGCGAGGAAGCGGCAGAACGGAUACCAUGACACCAGAAAGACGCAUGGAUUUAUCUACCACGAGUCACGAAAGACACUCGAGUUCUCUGUCUCAUCAUCAUCGUGUCACUCCAGAGAAACAGACUGCGCCGUUACCUAGUCGCCAUCAUCAAAUUACAGAAGAAUCCGGAGAUGAAGAAUCGUCUACCGUGGUAGUAAAGAAAGAGCCGAGGGACGAAGAGACAGAGGAACGAGGCGCGAACGAGGAGGAGCAACAGCAAUCGCAUUCGACAAGGGAAGUAUUUGUGAAGAAGGAGAUAGUGGACGACUGCAGAGACGAGGAGGAUCAGAGUUCCUACAAUCACCGACGAAGCAGCCUCCAUGAAACGCCGGAGGACGGACGAGAGGUUCUGUCACCUCGCAUGAAUCCACCUACGCCACGACCGACCAACCAGGUGGAACAGAUUGCGCGUAGUCCCUGUAGAAACAGCACGAGUAGUCCUACCAGCAGCGAUCGAUCGGUCACGCCACGGGGUACGCCCGACACUAAAGCGUCGAGUAGUCUUGGAGCGCUUUCCUCCAUGUUCGACAGCUUGUCCGGUGGUAACAGCGGAGGCGGUGGAAGCAACGUCGACUCGCAAGGACGCAAAACGAGCAGUCAUCCUCUUGCAGCGUUGCAGAAAUUGUGUGACAAGACGGAGACGCGAGGUCCAGGCGCCAGCGGCGCUUCAAGAUCCGGGGGUAGUUCCGGAGGAAGUACCAUUGGACCAGGGAGCGGUAGCACGGUAGGAGUGAGCGGUCCGGGCCCCGGACCAACACCGGGUGCCAUUUUGGCAUUCAGCUGGGCCUGCAACGAUGCGGUAGUUACCGCAGAUUCGAUAAUGAAAUGCGCAUUCUGCGAUACGCCUUUCAUUUCGAAGGGCGCGUACAGGCAUCACCUCUCCAAGAUGCACUUUGUCAAGGACGGCGUCAUCCCGGAUCCAUUGACUAUCGGCAGGUCGGCCGCAGCGGCUGCGGCCGCCGCGGCAGUCACCCAGGGCACUUCCGGUGGGCCGAGUCGCAACUCCUCGUCGCCGCCGACGUCGCAGCGCAACAAGUCGCCGCCGCUUUCACAAGCAAACGGUAGCCCGUCGCAGUCAGCGGCCUCUCCCCUCGAGGAAAGCCCGCACUCCAAAUUUCUCAAGUAUACGGAGCUGGCAAAACAAUUGUCCAGUAAGUACGUAUAGUCCGAGCCCCGUAAGUAGCGGUGCCACUUGUACAUAAGUGUAUCUAUAUUGUAACGACUGUAACUAGCGAUGGUUGAAAAUUUUCAUCCCCUUGCCCCCUUUACCCCUCUUUUCCCGCGAACACCGCCGCGCCGAACGACGUCGUCGCGCAUCCGACGUCCUCGGGUUUAUGCUUAAAGAGGCUGUGUCGUGGCUAUAUCGGUAAACGGAAAAGAAAUCGUACGAGAGAGAUUGUACACAAACGAUGGUAAAUGUAUAAGAUAAUGUCCGUAAUUAUCAUUUUUCUCUCUCUCUCUCUGCAUUUGAGAUGAAUCGCAUUCUAUUCGCGUAUAUUGUCGUUCAUAAGAUGAGAUUAAUCGUAUUAUAAUAUUUGUAUUUCCAUCACCAAUUGUCUUGUGAUUGCAUGACACUAAAUACAUAUUAUAUAUUAAAAAACAGAAAUUAUGAAACCAGCAUAAAUUCACAGAUUUUAGAUUUUAUGUAUUUAUCAAUACACGAGACAUUAAUUAACACAAGAGCGUUAACCCUUCAUUUUGGAAUAACGUGGAAAAAGUCGACACAAUUGGUGAUAAGAGAUCUCUUACACAGAUUUCUUACUUUUUUUUAGAUUUUUUCUCGAAUUGUUUUGUGAAACUAAUAAUAAUUAGACUUUUAUCUAAUAUAUCUAGAAACACAAAAAAUUGAGAAAAACAAUAUUGAAUUAAAAGAAUUGAAUUUAAAAUAUUAUUCUUAAUUAUUUCUUCAUUUCGCAUAGACACACAGGAAGGAAGACGUAGUUCUGGAAUGUGAGAGAUCCUCUUCUUAAAAAUUAAGCCUCGCCACCGCGCUCUUUUAGCCUAAAUGUGGAUAUCUCCGUCGAAAAAACUUUGCCGUUGCGAUAUCGUUAUAACGAGAAAUUUCGUUGAGUCACGGAAUAAACGCAAACACGUAACGCAAUAUGACGCAACGCGACUCCGUUUCCGUUUUUGGCGAUCGUCUUUUAGUCUGUCAUCGAGGACACGUCUUAUCAUUCCUGGGUUGUUGACGACACGAUUAGCGUGCGCCAUGUAAGACCCUUCGAAAGUUAAAAAUCUCUACAUUGGAAAGAGAGGUUUCAAAUUCCAUUUUAUAUGCACCUCUCUUAUUAUUUCUUUUAUACUGAUCCCUCUCUUCUCUUUUACUACAUUUUUAAUAAUUAUGAGAAGAUUAUGUUCUAGAGUAGACGCGCGCGUAAUCAUUUAGAACAUUUCCUUUUCGUUGUAGAUCGCGUGCAACAUGGGAAACCUCGCGAGAGGGUUUUUCGCUUUAGAAUUUUUCCUCGAUCGCGAUCGCUAUGGGAAUAAGAGUCUAAGAACGCGCGCGUGCAACUUUGUACAAUUGACAUUUCGUAUCGUCGAGACACUUUUCCUCAGCACAUUUCGCCUUUCGUUUACUUUGUAUCACUUUCCUUCCAUCGGUAUGAGAAAAUUAACAAAUUGUACCAGUGACUCUUAUUUUUCUUUUGUGCCCAAGAAACGUGAGAGGGUGUGACGAUGAUGUGGGUGUUGAACGAGCGUUAAUUAAAUUGUGAUGCCACCAUAUCUCGCGGCACUGCUGAGUCACGGGGCUCGGCACGCGGCCAAGUUUGUGAUUUUAUAAAUACUUAAGGACGUUUACGACGUGAGAUGAGGAAGAUUGCGUGAGAUAAAGAAAACUGCAAAAAAUCGGUUAGAUUAAAGAAAGAUAGAGAGAUGGAGAGGGAGAGAGAGAUAGAGAAAGAGAAAGGAAGAGACGGCGAGAAGGAAAGAAAGCUUAUCUAUCACCUGUCGUAAGAUCGUCAGCAUGUAUACCUCUAGAUUGUAAGGUCGUAGUUUAGUAGAGCAUAGGCUAGGCUAGGGUUCUCGACCCUGUAUAGGAAUCUCUUUGUUGAUACUUAUUACUACGAAAAAUCGAAGUGAGUUUUGCUCGCGGGGACGGACGAGAACCGCCUCGGAGAGCGUUACGACUGCUGCGAAUAGUAGGUAUAGACAUACCUUGGAACGAGUGUAAGAGAAAGCGACAAGAGCCGAAGGGUGCAGAGAUGCGGUGCAAUAGCGAGACUCGAAUAAGUUAAUUGAAUAAAUACACGCGAGACGGAUGCGUGCGUGAAAGAACAGAGUGCGAGAGAGAGAGAGAGAGAGAGAGAGAGAGAGAAAGAGAAUGCGAGAUAGAAAGAAAGAAAAUGCGUGUGAGAGAGCAUGAUGCGUCGUCGAAGAACGCAAAUUUUCUCGACGUAUAACGUACGUGUAGACCAUUGUAAAUUUUCUUUGUUCAAAUAAUAUUUAUUGCGACGAGAACGAGCCAACGUGUCAUUUUACGUGUAAAAUAUUGUCAUUAUUAUCACUCGAAUUAUCGCGAAUACUGUGUAUAUUGAUUAUAAUUAUAAUUAUUAUAUAUUACAGUGAUAUACAUAUAUGCGUGCGGCGUAACAAAUGCGGAGCAUAGGGCGCAAGUGGAAUCAGAUGAGAAUAUGAAUGUUACCUGAAUGACUGGAGAAUAAGAGAGAGCGAGAAAAAAAGCGCGUGAGAGAGAUAAAAAAGAAAUAGGAUGACAGUUUGCGGGGAAAGGAAAGAAUGCUUCCGAGAGAGAUUGAGACAGUAGAAACAGACGGGCAGAAAGAUAUAGAGCAGCUGCGUGCGGCCCUCAACAACGCGAAGGCCGGAAAAGAAUGGAACAUACUUGUAUACGUAUUUCUUGUAAACUCUAAUUCUUCCAUCGCGGACUUUAAAAAAAGUAUUUAUCGACAUAAUAAUAAUAUUAAUAUUAUUAUUGUAAUUAUAUACGACUGCUGAGAGUGUGAUGAACGUAAGACGAGAUACCAUUACGUGGCUGCGACUAACACGUUACACACAUACGCGCGCACACACACACGAACAUACAUAUACAUACACACAUAUACACAAGACGUGCUCACACUGUCGCAGUGACACUCGAGAAAAGAAACAGCCAGCCGCGUGCGAAUGAUACGCUCGAAACGUACCUACCUACUUACAAACACGCAACCACAAAGAUAUGCAUCAUGUAUACGCGACUCUUGAAACCAUUUUACCAGAUUUGUCAUUAUUUAAUUAUUUCCGUUGUAUUUUAAAAUGCAAUUAAAAGCUCAAAUAAAUAUAUAUGUUAUAAACUAA